AUGUCCACAACAAUCGCCAAGCGCAAGCGUGCGAGAAAAGCAUGCAUCCCUUGCCAUCAGCGCAAGCGAAAAUGCGACACUUUGUAUCCUUGUGGGAUGUGCACCACCUAUGGAUACGACUGCAGGUACUCCGACGCCGACACCAAUGGUACUAUGAACAGAGGCGUACCUGUUCCGCCGCCAGCCAAAUGCAUCAGUCUCGAUGGUGAAGAUCGUCUGACGAGUCGGUCUGCCAUAGACCGCAGUCCGAGCCUUCGGUUUCAUAUGGAGCGAGACCGUCACGACGGCGAUGCCUCAUCAACCAAUACUCCCACUGUCGAGCCUGGCGCAUCUCCGGGCAUCUUCGACGCGCAGAAGUUCAGAUACUCCGGGGCAUCGGCGGCGAUGGCAUUCCCGCACAUACUGGGCGUGGCUCUCGGUUCCGACAGCCCUCCAAAGAUGCGAUCGUUCGCUUUCAACUUUGGUAUUCGCCCCGAGGAGGCGUCCAAUGCUCACUGCUUUCUGGGAAACCUCAUCUCGGAGGAAGAGCUUAGCUUUUUCUCGAGUACAUUCUUCUCAGUACUGGGCCCCAUUGGUGAUAUGGUAGACUCAAGAAUAUACACCCAGCGGUGUCGGGAUUAUUACCGUAGUUCAGGCAACAAUGCGGUCGCCUUUGCGGCUGUGGCAGCUGGCAUCGCUGCUCUCGGCUCAUUCUUGUCUGCUAACAGACACCCCCGGGAGUCCGACCUGGUCCAGUACGCCAAGGCCAUCCUCGAUGAUCCAGCCUCUAUGCGUUUGCAUGGUAUUGACCACAUCGUAGCAUGGGGCAUGCGAGUAUUUUACCUGCGGGCAACUACCCGGCCCAGCAAUGCUUGGAUCGCUUCGUGCACACAAAUGCACCUCUGUGAAGCGAUAGGCCUGCAUGAGGAAGAUACUAUCAAGAAUAUAGCGUCCAUCGCUGGCGCUGUUGUCGUUGGAAAUGAUGCAGAUCGCCUGAGGAGAAUUUUCUGGAUCUCAUGGGCCGGGCACAACAUGUUGUCCUAUGAGUACGACCGCUCACCCGUAGGAUUUCGGGCUGUGACUUGUCUGCCUAUCAUCUCAAUACCAGGAUCCGUUGCCGAACUGUUUGUGCAAUUGAUCCAGAUCAUUCCAUCGUCCAAUUCUCCGUUCCAGCUCCAAUUGCAGUCUUUAACCCCGAGUGAGGAACUGUUCAAGCGUCUUAAAGCUCUAGAAGAGCUUCAAAUUACCCAUCCAUUCCUGGUGGUGACUAAAGCAGACAUCGCAUUUUGCUUCUAUCGACGCCUUUACCAGCUCAAGGUGCGCUUGCCAGACGAUGUUAUUAAUCUUAUCGUUGACAGCGGCAACGCGGCAGUGGAGGCGGCCGAGCAGCAAGCUGCCCAGGGUCGUUUGUUUUGGAACGUUAUUGGUAGUGUUUUUCAAUAUUCCUGUAUCCUGCUGGCCAUGGACACACCGAUAGCCUCCGUCCACAUCGGCGGCGCAUUCAAGGGCUUGGAAAGCCUUGUCAGGGCUGCUGAUACAGGGCUGACACGUGAGGCGUUGUCGAUGGCGCGACAUCUACUCAGCCUCAAUAUGGCAAAGAAGCGAAAAGAACUUGCUCAAUUGGAAGCUGUUGAGGCGAGCUAUGAUCACUUACAGCCGCUGCCGGUGACCGAGGCCAAUGCCACGAUUCCAGAGAUGGAUUGGGCGGUCGACUGGGAUCAGUUUUUCAUCGAGCCAUAUUUAUCGAUGCUCGGAACUGAAAUCCAAUUAUAG